AUGUAUGAUAGUUUAGUGGUUGCAAUUGUUUGUUGCUUAUUCAUCUGGCAUGCCAGCUUGUUGAUAUCUGGUGUUAGUGUUAAAAAUACACUUGCACCUGGAGAAAAGUUGUUACCGAAUGAUGACGAUUACUUGGAGUCAUCAAAUGAAUUCUUCAAGUUAAAACUCAUGAAGCGACCCGGCUCCGGCUCUAGCUCUAGCUCUGGUUUUAGCUGCUUUUUGAGUAUACAGUGGGCCAGUAUUUUUGUCACACCCACUUCUGAAGAAAGAACAAUUUGGGUUGCUUGGCUAGGUGAAAGUGAAAGUUGUGAUAUUCCAGAAUUAAUAAUGGAAAGAGAAGGGCAGUUGUUGAUAUUUGCUGAUCGUUACUUCGUUGUAAACCAUGAUCAACAAUAUCCAUUUGUUAUGAACACAACAGCAACUCUACUUGACACCGGCAACUUAGUUUUGAGGGGUGGGGGUCGUACGUUGUGGCAAAGUUUCGAUCAUCCCACUGGUAAUACUUGGGUUCCAGGGAUGAAAUUGGGUAUCUUUGGCCUAAAAACUCCUCAACAGCAGCAGCGUUGUCUGACUUCUUGGACAAGUGAGGAGAACCCUUCUCCGGGUGCUUUUAGCUUUUGUGUUGAUCCAAACAAUACCAAGCAGCUAGUUGCCAUGCGAAGAGGGGUUGUUUAUUGGCACAGUGGGGUCUGGAAUGGAAACAAUUUUCCAUUUCUUCAACUCAAUUCCCAUCUCAGGUAUUUCUCUAACCACAAUGAAACCUAUUUUGCUUGGGAUUGGAAUUUAGAUAUGGCUUCAGCCUCAAUCACAAUUUAUGCAACUGGGGCAAUUUAUGCAUUUGUUAGUGGCGGCAGGACAUUUGCGAUAUCAAUAUCAGAAACUAAUAUUAACUGUGAUCAUUAUAAUGAUACUAAUUAUUCCAACGAGGGGUGUGUUGUAAGAUGA